AUGUCCACUGAAGCAUCUGGAACUUCUGCUGCUGCUCCUGUGGCUGCUGUAGCCCCUGCUGCCGCUCCAGCUCCUCAAAAACAGGGUAAGAAAUCGAAAAAGAACGACCAGUUCAUCUUGAAAACUCCAAAAGGUACUAAGGAUUGGGCCGACAAGGACAUGGUAUUGCGUGAGGCCAUUUUCUCUACAUUGAGUUCAUUGUUCAAGAGACACGGUGCUGUGACUAUCGACACCCCAGUGUUUGAACUCAGAGAGAUCUUGACUGGAAAAUACGGUGAAGACUCAAAGUUGAUCUACAAUUUGGAGGACCAAGGUGGUGAAUUAACAUCGUUGAGAUACGACUUGACUGUUCCUUUUGCCCGGUUUGUUGCCUGCAACUCGAUCUCUGCCAUCAAGAGAUUCCAUAUCGCUAAGGUUUACCGUAGAGACCAACCAGCCAUGACCAAGGGAAGAAUGAGAGAGUUUUACCAAUGCGACUACGACGUGGCCGGCAAUUACGACACCAUGGUUCCUGACUCGGAGGUUUUGGCCGUAUUGUGCGAGGGUUUGACCGGCUUGGGUAUCAACGACUUCAAGGUCAAGUUGAACCACAGAAAGAUCUUGGAUGGAAUUUUCCAGGCUUGUGGUGUCAAGGAAGACGAUGUCAGAAAGAUCUCAUCGGCCGUUGACAAGUUGGAUAAGUUACCCUGGGAUGCCGUCAAGAAGGAAAUGACUGUUGAGAAGGGUCAGUCCGAUGAGGUUGCUGACAGAAUUGGUGGUUUCGUCAAAGUCAAUGGAUCCAUCAGAGAAACGUUGAAGUUUUUGCAAGACGCAGAAAUUUUAGCUUCUAAUGAAUCUGCACAGCAGGGUAUUGCUGAGAUGUCGAUUUUGGCUGACUACGUCGAGGCUUUGGGCAUUGAGAACUACUUAUCGUUUGACUUGUCUCUUGCCAGAGGUUUAGAUUACUACACCGGUUUGAUCUACGAGGCAGUCACCGAGGCUUCUGCUCCACCUGCCAACGCUGCAGAGUUGAAGGAGAAGGCUGCCAAGGACAAAAAGAAGGCCAAGAACGCCGAGGACGAUGCCAGUGAGUACGUGGGUGUGGGUUCCAUUGCUGCUGGUGGUCGUUACGAUAACUUGGUGGGUAUGUUCUCCAACGGCAAGUCCAUUCCAUGUGUUGGAAUUUCGUUUGGUGUUGAGAGAAUCUUUUCCAUUAUCAAGGCCAGAGCUGCCAAGGAGUGGGACCAGCUUUCGCCUUCUCACACUGACGUUUUCGUCAUGGCCUUCGGUGGAGGUGCUGACUGGACCGGAUUCUUGAAGGAAAGAAUGACGGUGGCUAAGCAGUUGUGGGCAGCUGGCAUCAAUGUGGAGUACGUUUACAAGGCCAAGGCCAACCCUCGUAAACAGUUUGAUGCUGCCGACAAGUGUGGGGCUAAGUUGGCGGUGAUUUUGGGUAAGGAGGAAUACCCCGAGGGAAAAAUUAGAGUGAAGGUGUUGGGCCAGGGAGACGACUCUACUGAUGGAGACCUUGUGGAUGCUGCUGACCUCGUUAAUAUUGUUCAGGACAAGUUGGCGUCAUACCAUGAGAGUGGCAUGGAUGUGGUAACGCGGAUGGUGAAGAACUUGUAG